AUGGCAUUGGCGGGUGGUAAAAGACCAACACAAAGGAUUAGUAAGUGUAAAGGCAUUGAACAAAGUAGCAAACUAGAAGGCGAUAGAGCACAUGCCAUGUUAGAAGACUAUAAGGUGGUAAGGCACAUGCCAUGGAGUAGGCUAGCUGGUGGCACAACAUCUACUAAGGCCAAAGACUAG